UGAAGAAGAGGAAGGAGAAUCAUCAAAAUCAGCAGCCGAGAUGGAAACUGUAAAGGGCUUAUUUAGUGACGCUGAAUGGGCCGAAUUAACAAAAGAGGACCAAUUAAAAAAUUUUGAAAUAUCGGAUGAAUUGGCUAAACAUAUGAUUACUUAUAAAAAGAAUACGUUAAAAGAGAUUAGAAGCAAUCUCAUGAAAUCUUAUCUUAAAGAUGGAGAAACUUAUGAUCAUUCUUUGCACUAUGAUAAAGAAUGGAUCCAUCAGUCAGUAAGAGCUCUAGUGAAUUUAUGGGAAAAUGAUUUUUCACCUUUAUCAAGAGCACAAUAUGAAAAUUGGUAUACUGAUCUAGAAAGAAAAAUUGAUGGUAAUAUUUAUACCAUGGAACAAAACAUCGAAUUGGGUGCGAUCAAGUCGGCCCAACUAUUCAAGGAUGAAUAUGAUCAAAAAUACCUUCACAAGUCAUUCAAAAUGCCAAAAACUUUGAGGGAUAUGCUCAGCAAUUUGAUCAAAUGUCUCAACUUUGACCAAAAAAAAAGUAAUUCCUUACAAAUUGUAGGAUUACUACAUUUUGGCUUGAGAUUUCAAUUUGUCAAGAUGUGGCGGGCUGGUGGAUCCAUCACAAUAUUCAAAAAAAGUAAUGAAGUUCAUCACAUAUCAUCAAAAUUUGAUCCAGUUGGUAUUCAGAGCUUUUUUAAAUUGUUAGCGGAG